AUGGGACUUCGUGUGCUGGCAGCGCUCCUUGCACUGCACGCUGCAGCGCUCUAUUUGUUCACCACAGGCUUCUUCCUCACUCGCUUUGAAGUGUCGGACCUCAGCAGUUGCCACGCGUCUCCAUCAGAUACCAACGCCGCUCCAACGCAUCUCCGUGGUGGCAAUGACGACCUUUCUAGCUCCGACGACGGUACCCCCGAAGGCUGUUGGAUGCCCAGACGCUUCCGUCGCGUUGUUUUCGUGGUGAUUGACGCGCUACGUUUCGACUUUGCGGCCACCGGUUCAAGCGCCCAACAGUCCCCGUUCUAUAGCGACCGCCUACCGGUUCUCAAUGAAACGUUGACCAGCGAACCGGAACACGCGCUGCUGUUAAAGUUCGUGGCUGACCCACCGACGAUGACCAUGCAACGUCUCAAGGGCUUGACGACCGGAUCGUUGCCGACUUUCCUGGAUAUUAAGGACAACAUGGCAGCUAGCAGUCAGAUUGUGGAGGACAAUUUGCUGCGUCAACUGCGUGCUCAGCAACGAGGGGUGGUGUUCAUGGGAGACGACACCUGGGAAUCGCUGUACUCUCGAGAGUUUACGAGGAAAUUCGCCUUCGACUCGUUCAAUGUGAAGGAUUUGCACUCGGUGGAUCGUGGAGUGACGGCGCAUUUGUUCCCUGAGCUGCAGAAGCCCGACUGGGACUUGUUGAUCGCACACUUCUUAGGAGUGGAUCACGUGGGACAUACACAUGGACCCAGCUCUGUCUUCAUGGCUGAGAAACUGGACGAGAUGAAUGGCGUUCUGAAAAAGCUGCUGGAAACGCUGCGAGAAAUGCCCGAUGGAGACGACGUGCUGCUGGCCGUGCUGGGUGAUCACGGCAUGUCGGCUGAUGGUAACCAUGGCGGUGCUAGCGACGAAGAGACUGGGGCUGCACUGUUCCUGUACAGCAAGGCGGCACUUGUUGCUACUGGAAGGGAAAACGACAAUGAAGACGCGAGAGAGCUGAAGAAAUAUGCUGAGAGGAUACUUGACAGCUCUCGAGAAGUGCCGCAAGUGGACCUCGUUCCCACGUUGGCUCUGCUGAGCGGUUUGCCCAUUCCAUUCGGUAACCUAGGAAGUAUAAUUCCGUCGCUGUUUUUCGUGCCUCCGACAUCAUCUGGGAAAGAUGAAAGCAGUGCGUUAGCCGCAUUCCAGACAAUGAAUCGGGCUCUGCGGCUAAAUCUUGACCAGGUGCGGCGUUAUCUCUUCAGGUACUCGUCCGCAUCAAAGCUGCCUGAGCGAGCGUAUGAUCAACUCGAAAGAAUCUUUAUGGAUAUCCAGCGUGUCGAAGACCAACUUGAACAGGUGCAAGGAGGUGAAGUAACCCCUUACUCGAAGGCAGAUCUUCCUCUGCUCCUGCGUCUUCACGAAGAUUUAGCGAAGCAACAGCAGAGCUACCUGCGCGAGGCGCUGUCAUUGGGACGGUCCAUUUGGACACAGUUUGACUUGUGCAGCAUGGGCUGGGGGAUGGCGCUUCUUGUGUGGGUCUUCCUCAUUGGCGCUAUCUCCACUCGAGUUGCUAGUGCUGGUUCAGUGCAAGGCGAUUCGUGGAGCCCUCCGCUAGUUGUUGUUACGAUUGUGGGCGGCUUGCUCUUCAUUUGCCCAGCGAGCGUCAAUCUGCCACUCCUCCCCGCUGCUCCACUUUCGCGAGGACUCGUAGCAGCUUCUUGCACCGUCCUGAUUACCAUGACUUGGCACCUUCUGUUCCCAAGAAAAAGCAAAGAUUCCACAGGAUCGACACGGUCUUCCAUUUCCGCGGCGGGAGUGGUUGCUGCCGUUAUUGUGGUACUUCACGCGCUAGCUCUGCUCUCCAAUAGCUACAUUGUAGCUGAGAGCAACGUGAUGCAAUUCUUGUCAGCGACGACCGGAUUCUUCUUGCUCACAUGCGCACAGCGCUUAGUUGACAGUCGAAACAUUGCCACGGGUGCUGCGCUGGCUUUCAUCUUGGCAACGCGACUGAGCAGCGCAUUGGAGCCACCCAAUAUUAUCAAGACAACUGCGACCUUGGGGCGAACUUUUGCGCCGUUGGCUGCGAUAGCACUAAUCGCUGUUGCAUCUUCUGUACAAUUGGCGAAAUACACCGGACAACAGUUCUACUUCUUGUGCGCAACAUUUUGGGCUCUCUCGCCUAUACAAGUGACCUUUUGGAGGCUGUGGCUGCCUCGCUUCGUCUACCUGAUCUUCCUGGCAACGCUGCUUUGCCUCCUCGUGCGUGUAGUUCGACAGCCAAGGCUCAAACAUGGCAACGCACUCACGCGGCAGAUGACAAGCGAACAUCUCCUCUUGCUCUGGCAGCUCCUCCCAGCGUUUAUGCUAGUGCUGGGACCAACAGCACCGCUGUCAGUGCUCUGUCUCGUGAUACAGAGCCUAAGCUUCUCAUUUAUUGUCGAGUGCUGUAGACCUGCCUCUGGAGACGUCACACCAUGGGUAUUGCUGUGGGCGUCAUGCUCCUAUCAAGCGUUCUUCACAACUGGACACGCCAACACAUUCACGAGUUUGCAGAACGCCGCGGGUUUUGUUGGGUUCGACACCUUCAACUUCUACAUCGCAGGAGCCUUGCUUGGUCUCAACACUUUCGGUUGCUUGGCCUUAUCUGUGCUGGCACUAUCUUGGCUAAACUUGAAGCAGCAUCAACCGCAGCCGAAGAUGCUCCUGGCAUUCUCAGCCUACUUUUCGCUCAACACGUUGGUGUCGACGCUAUUUGUCGCGCUGCAGCGACGACAUCUGAUGGUUUGGGCCAUCUUCGCCCCCAAGUUCAUUUUUGACGGAGUAGUCUUGUUGGUCACAGAGUUUCUGCUGCUUCUGUUGCUUGCACCGUUUUCACCCAGCCGCAGCCAGGAGUCCAUCAAGGCACAUAGGUCAGAGUAA